UGUGUCCCUUCGAGGGCUCGCCGUGUGCUGCUGCGCGAGCCGAUCCCCUGUGUGUGUGCAUGAGUGUGCGCGCGCGCGCGUAUGUGUGUGUGUCUGCUCCGCUGCUGCUGCCCUUUGAUCCCCGCAUUAGUGUUAGUUAGGGCUCGGAGACACACACUUUGCACAGAGAGCAGCCAUAGUCAAGACACGGCAACAACACCACCGCCGCCGCCGCCUCCCCCCCGUGUCCCCGCUACCGACAAUACGCUCCGAGCCGAGGACAGCCAGGUGCACGGCGAGCCCCUGCCAUCACACACUCGCCUACUAUUUCAAUGGAAAAAAUCCCUUUUCUUCGUAUCCCUAAACAAGGAGGAGGAAUGUGAAAAAAGGGGGGAAAAUGCCCGGAGGAAGCAGGAGCAGCCCAAGCGCCUGCCGUCACAUGCCGACCCUGCUGAGGACGAGCCGGCGGGCCGGGAGCCCGGCGACGAGGACGGCUGUUCGGCAACGCCUCAGACACCGCCCUCGGAAUCCUCCUAUGGGGACGUGCAGGAUGACCUCCAGGCGACCCCUGAUGGACCCCCCCGGCCGGAACAGGACACGUCGGCAGAGAGCUCGCUGGGCUGCCCCACGCCAGUGCCCCGGCUUCCCUGGCUACUAGGGUUGGAGGGGGACGCCUUCCGGGCUGGAUCCUUCGCGGGGCAGGAUGCCCUGGUGUCCCUCUACCGGGACGCCUCGCAGGCUGGCAAGCCGCUGAGCAGCAACUUACGGCGCCUCCUGGAGGUGGGGGAACUGAGCCUGCAGGCAGGUGGCACAGACUCACCGCCCCCCCUGGGCCUGGGCCCUGGCCUGGCCCUCCUGCCACCUUCCCAUCACGCCCAGCUGAGUGCGCUCGCCCGGAAGCUGGCCUGCGGCGGCGGUAACAAUAACAGAGGGUCCACGACUGGCUCGCCUGCCUCUCGGCCCCCCCCAGCUGGCAUCAAACAGGAGCCCUGUGAUGGGGGCGGGGCUGGUGGCUUCGUGUGGCCCCCCGGGGCUGAGGUGUGGCCCCCAUCUGGCUGCUCUGUGCCCAGCAGCAGCCUCUCGCCAGACUCGGCCAUCCAGAAGCUGAAAGCGGCUGCCAACGCCGUACUGCAGGACAAGGGCGCUGCGGCCGCUUCCCUCCGCUUCCUCCUCUCUUCAUCGUCGUCGUCGUCCUCUUCCUCCUCAUCCUCCUCAUCCUCCUCCAUUCCGGCCACUGGGGGGCGCUCCGAGGAGGCAGCGGCCGCCGUGCGCUUUGACGCCUUCGGCUCGCCAUUCAACCCGCAGUCGGCCAGCUCCACGCUGGCAGCGCUGUCGAAGAAGGUGAGCGAGAGGGGUUUCGCUGGCCCCCAGGCGGACUCCCAGGCCUCCGCUGGCUCCUUCCUUUCGCUGGUCUCCCGCACCUCCUCCGCCGCACUCCUUAAGGAGGUGGCCGCCCGCGCUGCCGGGAACCUGUUGGCCGACAUGAAGGACCCGCCGCUGACGCCAGUGCCCCUAGCUACGGAGGAUGUUAAGCCCCUGCUGGAGAAGAGCCAAAAGCCCCCGACGCCCAGCCAGACCGUGGACCUGCUCCUGCCCUCCACCCCUAAGGGGAGGACCAAAGCCAACAGCAGCCAAGGAGGCUCUCCAGAGGACGGGGGGAAGCCCUUCCAGUGCCCUGUGUGCGGCCUGGUCAUCAAGCGGAAGAGCUACUGGAAGAGGCACAUGGUGAUCCACACGGGCCUCAAGAGCCACCAGUGCCCGCUGUGCCCCUUUCGCUGCGCCCGCAAGGACAAUCUCAAGUCCCACAUGAAGGUCCACCAGCACCAAGACCGUGGCGAGACCUUCCACUGCGAGCUGUGCCCCUUCACCUCCUCGCGGCACUUCAGUCUGAAGCUGCACAUGCGCUGCCACAGCACUUUCCCCCGGUCCGAGGUCAGCGUCAAGGAGGAGGUCGCCACGGACACCGAGGCGGAGACCGGCGCCGAGGAGGAGCCCAUGGGCGGAGCGGACGGCGCCACCGCGGGACCAUCGCCGUCUGAGCACCUCCGCGUCAAGGAGGAGCCGCAGGAGCGCGACGUCUCCACACCGGCCUCCUUCUUCCAUGGCGACCCCCCCAAUGUCAAGUUCAGCCCCCCCGGGCCGACCGCGGCCUCCCUUUUCAGCCCCGACAUUUCCACCAAGACGGCCACCGACCUGCUCAUGAAGAUCUCAGUUUUCCCACGGCCUCCAGCAGAGAGCAACAAGGAGGCCAGCAUGCGGCAGGUGGUGGUGAAAUCGGAGCCCAUGGAGGUGGACCCGCCCGAGGAGCCGCCCCUACCCCCGGUGCCCUCGCGCCUGGUGGGCUUCGGCACGCUGUCCGGCUGCGAGGCAGGCGAGCCGCUCUCCGGCCUCCCUGAGGGUUUGGUGCUGCCCCAGAAGGCCCUCUUCUCCCAGGACAUCUCUGUCAAGAUGGCCUCCGAGCUCCUCUUCAAGCUGUCAGAAAAAGUGAGCAAAGCUAACGACCAGAAAGACGUUACUAUGCUGGGCAUGAACAGCACUUCGUACCUUGGCGACUGCUUCAGACAAUCACCCUUCAACUCGUGCUCCAAGGACCCGGUCACCGGUGAGGCCAGCUCGUCCACCAGGGCGGCGCCACUCGACUGGGACAAGGUGGGCCUGGAACCGGGAAACGGCAGGCCGCAAUGGCGGCCGGGCGAGCAGCUCUACCCCUGCACCGUGUGCGGGAAGGUGUUCGGCCGGCAGCAGACCCUCUCCCGGCACCUCUCUCUACACACAGACGAGCGGAAGUACAAGUGCCACCUGUGUCCCUACGCCGCCAAGUGCCGCGCCAACCUCAACCAGCACCUCACCAUCCACUCCGUCAAGCUGGUGAGCACCGACGCCGAGCAGAUAACCACCGCUAUCGCCACGGAGACCAUCGACCGCAAGAGCUGCCCCUACUAUUACAGCUGCCACGUAUGUGGGUUCCACACCGAUCACAACGCCCACUUCGUGAGUCACAUGUCGCUGCAUGUGGACCGGGAGCAGUGGAUGUAUGCGCUGUGUUGCGGCACCUGCGACUUCGUCUGCAACGAAGAGGCCGAUAUGAAGGCCCACAUCAGCGCUGGGCAUGCAGGCCUGAACCCCAGGAGCCCGUUGAGCGAGACCAAGAGCACGUCGUCGUCGCUGUCUGCCCUGAGUGACUCUGUCAACAGCUCGGAGAGCAGCGACGCCCCCCAUGGCGGAGAGGACCUGAAGGGUGUGCUAGCCCUGCCCUCCUUGGCAGGUAGCCAGUCCAGCACCGGCAGCCUGUCAGGAUCUGGGGCUGAAGACAAAUCAGAGAAAGGUUUCGAGUGCGUGUUCUGCAACUUUGUCUGCAAAACGAGGACCAUGUACGAGCGGCACCUGCAGAUCCACCUGAUCGCGCGCAUGUUCGAGUGUGACAUCUGCCAUAAGUUCAUGAAGACUCCGGAGCAGCUGUUGGAACAUAAGAAGUGUCACACUGUCCCAACCGGAGGGCUCAAGUGCCCCUUCUGCACGUACUCCACUGGCCGACCAGCCGCCAUGGAGUGCCACCUGAAGACGCACUACAAGAUGGAGCACAAGUGCCGCAUCUGCCAGACAGUCAAGGGCAGCCAGCUGGAGCUGGAGAUGCACGUGCGCGAGCACCGGCUAGGCAACCACUACCGGUGCGAGCAGUGCGGCUACCUGUCCAAGACGGCCAACAAGCUCAUCGAGCACGUACGCGUGCACACGGGCGAGCGGCCUUUCCACUGCGACCGCUGCAGCUACAGCUGCAAGCGCAAGGACAACCUCAACUUGCACAAGAAGCUCAAGCACGCGCCGCGCCAGACGUUCCGCUGCACCGACUGCGCCUUCGCCACCACACACCCGUUCGUCUUCAGCCGUCACGUCAAGAAGCACCACGGCGUCGAUGCCAACCCCGAGGGAGACCCGGCACGAGACGGUCCUCCCCUCAGCAUGGCGGCCUCCCACGCCUUGCAGUCCGUGGCGCUGUCAUUCACGGGCAAGCAGCAGUCCGGCGCCCUGUCCCCAUGCUACCUCUCAGCCAACGGCUCCUCUUCCUCGGCCUCCGCAUUCUCUUCGCGUUACGAGAAGUACAGGAACUACGACCUAGCCCACCUCGUCCCCCUCACCACCCUCUUCGCCUCCGGACAGCUCGGGAGACGCGACAUGUUCGUCUGCCCCUCGCCAGUCUUCUCGAAACGGCGGCCAUCCUCGUCCUGCUCCCCGGGUUCAUCUCCCCUGUCACCCGCAUCUCUCAAGCACUCCUUCCUGGCCUAUCUGGGUUUGACGGAGAGAGCCAAGACUGUGUGAGCCGUCCUCCUCUCACAUCCUCCCCUUCUCAAUCCUUUCCUUCUCUCCCUUCCGGUCCUCUCCCCUCCUCUUCCUCUCUGCCAGCCUCCCCUUCCUCUUUCAUCCCCUCUCGGACAGUGUCGCGCAGGUCCACUGCGACUGGAUCGUCCCGCUCGCGUUAGCGUACCGACCUGGAUAGAAAAGUAGUUGUGGUAGGAAAAGAAGAAUUUUAUUAACAAAAAAGGCUGUAUGUGCUUAAUGCAUUUAUAUCGAAGCUGCUUACAUUAUCUGUUAUAUCGGUUUAAUUACUUUGCUCGAACAUAUCAUUCGACGACAGAGAAAAGUAACGGGACUUGCAGAUGCUACGUUCUUGUGUGUUGUUGUCUCUUGCAAAGCAUUAGGACGCAUGCUUGCAUAUGUGUUCUCAUGGUUUCGGUGUCAUUAUGGGUUAGAUAUGAAAUUAUCCGGAGAGUUUCUGUCACACUCCGGCGACGAUCCCGAUGGAAGCCACCCAUGUCGGGGUCCAUUUCCACACCAAGGCUUCGAACCACGCACUUACUAACUCGUCCGAUUGUACAUAAUUUUUGUAAGCUAUUCCCCCGACAGCAUUUCUUUCGGUUGUUUUUAUAGAACGGUCAAACUGUUAGUGUUUAGCUACCUUUAGUUACGAGCCCCUUGGGCGCACAGGUGAUCUGCAGGUGACCUGUCCUCCGGUCUGGUGCCGGGCCGAGCGCGGUGGGCUGGGGAGGUUCCCCACGUAGGGCAGUCUCAGCUCAGCUGGCCUGCUAUGUACACCACCGGCAUCCUGGGCCCAAGGUGGGCCGGAACCAGAGGCCCAAGCCUCACUGGUUCCUCAUUCGGUCACCGGUCUUUGAACUCUUCAUUACACACCCACUUAUACAAGAUGACCGUUAUUGUCAAAGUGACGGCCCAGGGGU